CAGAAGGGUCACAUGGAGGAUUUCAACGCGCACGCGCAGUAGGAAUUAAUCAUAUGGAGUUACCAUGAUGUGAGCGCCAUUGCUAGCAUCUCGGAUAAUUUUUAGCUAUUUUAUGGUGUUUUAGUUGAAGCUGUUUGGAUACAAAUCCAUCGAGACGGCUUCAAGAAAGGGAGACUAAAUGGACAGUACGUCCAUUAUAACUCAAGCAAGCAGGGAAGAGGAACAACUUACAAGUUUUCCUCCGGAAAGAGCUUUAACAUCAGUGAAAAAACCUCGUCACAAGGGUCUUAUUAAUUCCCUACUUUGCUGCUUUGGCGCGAAAUCAAAACGACCUAACCCACCAAUCCACGCAGAAGGAACAUCUGAUGGGAGUAGGCGAAAUAAAAUAUUCUUCCCUCAAGAUAAACACCUUCUUCCACAGGUAAAACAUCAAGAUGCUCAUAAGAUGUGCCUGGUCAUUGAUCUUGAUGAAACACUUGUUCAUAGUUCAUUUAAGCCGAUUAGUAAUGCUGAUUUUAUAGUUCCUGUGGAAAUCGAUGGAGUUAUUCAUCAGGUUUAUGUUUUAAAGAGGCCUUAUGUAGAUGAAUUUCUGCAAAAAAUGGGGGAGAUGUUUGAAUGCGUUUUAUUUACAGCUAGCCUUGCUAAAUAUGCUGAUCCUGUUGCCGAUCUUCUUGACAAAUGGGGUGUUUUCCGCUCGCGUCUUUUUAGAGAAUCAUGCGUUUUUUAUCGUGGUAAUUAUGUGAAGGAUUUGGGUAGGUUAGGUCGAGAUCUUCGCAAAGUAAUCAUAGUAGACAAUUCUCCUGCUUCCUAUAUCUUCCAUCCAGAUAAUGCAGUGCCUGUAAAUUCAUGGUUUGACGAUAUGUCAGACACAGAACUACGGGAUCUAAUCCCCUUUUUUGAGCAGCUGAGUAAAAUGGAUGAUGUCUACUCUGUUCUGCGUAAUUCAAACCAUGCUGCAGGCUCACAUCCGCACCCGAACCCUACUAUUAAUGGCUCCCAUUUCAUUACGCAGCAUGUAAAUGGUCUGAUGCAACCAUCUUAGCACAAAAACCAUGAAGGUGAUGUGAAACAAACUAAGAUAUUGGAGGCCGAUAUUUGCCGUGGCAACCUUAUAUCUGUAGUGAUUCGGAAGUUUAUUCUAACUUGAGACAGAAUGAGAAAUAUAUUUAUUGAAUUUCCUUUUAUCAAGCAGAAUUUUGUAUCGGCAAAAAGUUUCAACAAAAUUUCCGAAAGGCAAUUUUUUUUUACAACGAAAUGAAUUUUUUUUUUUAACUACUCAGUGCUUAUUUAAAGUUUGUUACAUAACUGCAAGCAUUCUUCCAUUCUUUAAAGAUUCUAGGAAGAAUAUAUAGAAGAUGCCUUUUGCUUUUAUUGCACUUUACUUGUGUAUAUUGAACUGAAAUAUAUAGUAUGAUUUGUUUGUUAACCCCUUGUGAGAAUUAAUUGAAUCAGAACUUCAGCCACUGUGUAUAUUUUUACCAUAUAUUGUGCCUUGCUUAUGUGCUGUUUUUCAUUCCAUUCAAUCAUCAUGUAUAUAAAAUUUUAGUAAUAUUUUAUCAUACCAGUUAAUUGUUGCUUGUGUAUUAGUCAGAAGUUUAAAUUUUACAGAAGUGAACAUAGUUUUAUUGUUUUGAAACAAUUUAUUUCUGUUAUUUUUUAUAGAAUAAAAAUCUUUUAUUAGACAGUUUCUUUUAUUUGUUUACUUUGUAUUUAAUUCAACUGUCAACUGAAUAGUUUUUAUUAAUAGUGGCUUACAAAAUUUUUAAGAUAAUUAAUGAAAAUUUGUUUUGCCAUUAUUGUUUUAUUCAUUUGGCAGCUGUUAUUUCAAUUUCUAUUAUGGAUAAUUCAACAGAUUUACAUUAACAUAAAAUUUUGGAAGUGCUAUGUGUGAGAUAUUGUAGAUGUUACGUUUUCUAUAAGCAAGAUACUGUUGGUUCCAAUGUAAAAAAAUUUGGAGCUGAGCAACAAUGUUGCCAUGGCAAGAUAUAGACAAAUAAUCGGCUUAUUCAGAGUGUUGUGGCAGACAAAUUUUUACUGCCAAAAUAAUCCCCUGUAACGUGAUAUAAUCUGCUGCAUUCUGCCACAUUUCAGGACUGUGUUUUAUUUUCAAGACCAGAAGAGUUGGGCUGUUAUCAGCACCACGUGAUUUGUUAACUUUUUGUUAGAAGUGAAAUGAGGCUCUUCAUAUCAAUAACACUGUUAUCUUUUCAUACCGGUCAUUGGCUGGCUUUGAAAAUCUUAGAGCAAUACAAUAAUUUAUAUGCAGUUAUCUGAAGCUGCAUAUAAAACCUGGAUAUUUGCAAGGUUUUUCUGAAAAUUGAGCUUCAAAGCAAAUUUGUUAGCUAUAUAUGUAUUUGUAUGAUAAAAUGUUCAAAGUAGUCAUUUUAUAUGGAUACACUAAGUUACUUGAAGAUUGAAAGUGACUGUUAAAUUAUGCUCAAUAGCAUCUGUUAGUAGGUGCAGUCAAGCUGUUAAUCUUUUAAAUACCCAUCCCAGUGAAUUUCAAAUAAAGAAGUCUAAUUUAUUACAUUACAACUGAUUGUUGCUCCUCUUAAAAUAUUUCAAUUUCUCACGUGGUAAAUUUUUUAAAUGCUUCAUUGAUUUUUGGAUGUCGCUUUUACAUCAUUUGCUUGUUUGAGGGUGUAUAAAAAAAGUGCACAAAAAAGGAUUUCAUUUAGUUUAUAACGGUAAAGUAUGAAAUUUUUGAAAAAAUAUUGAGUAAAGAAUUUUGCUAAAUGAUGUUAAGCGGCAAAAUGUGUUAUUCUUUGCCUCCCAUUACUAAGAUGAAUUCGAGCCUUUUCAAAAUUCAAGAUUCUCUGUCGAUUAAACUUGUAUCCAUUUUUUAGGAAAGAUUAAUAAAGUAGAGCUGUUGCAUUCAUAAGGUUAACUUUCAUUUUUAUCAUUCAUUGCUUAAAUUUAAUAUCCUUUUAUUGGUUUAAAAGUGCUUGAAUGUGCCUGCUGCUUUGUUGAAUUAAGGAAACAGCGAUAAUAUAUGAAUGAUAAAAAAAAGUUGAGAGAACUAUUGGUAUUGUUGAUUUGAUUUUAAGAUGAUACUGAUUUCUGUAUUCCUCAAAGUUUUCUAGUGUGUACAGUUUGAGUUUUGCAUGAAGUUCAUCAUAUCCAAAAUGUUCUGCUUUCUUGUUAAUAAUGAGUGAUGGUUGUAAUGUGAAAUCAAAUGAGAACAUGUUCUGUAAAUAUUUUUUAAAAGACAUGUUGUAAUUUGUACUAAUUUUCCUCAUGGUAUUGAUUAUCUUUUCAAUUUGAAAGGAUUGCCUUUGUCUAAUGUUGAUUUAAAUUACUCCAAAAAUAUAAAAAGUGUAGUUAUAGAUUUUAAUGAAAAAUUUUCAUAAUUUUUUUCAGUUUUAAUUAACUUUUUUAGCAAUCCUUAUCUUGGUGUUUGUUAAAUAAUUUAAGUUAAUUGAAUAUUUUUAAGUGUAUAAAUAUAAAUAUUGACAAAUAAUUAGAAUCACAUGUAGAAAUGUAGCCAUGUUGUAUUUACCAUUGUUCCAGCCAUGGGGAAACUUGGGACAAAUUUCAAAAUGGUUUUGAUAUUGUUAUGUACAUAGAAUAUCAUAAGAACCAAUUUGUUACAUUGGAUCCCUUCAGGCUUACUCCAGAUUUAGAUUUCUCACAAACAAUAAGUCAGUAAUACCUAUAAAUGACAUUGAUACAUUUUUUAUACUGUGUACAGUGGCCUUAUGAGCUCCACACCUUGUUUGUACAAAGAUUUAUGUGGACACAACUAAACACAAUAGAAUAAUAGCAAUUGCUCUGAUCAAAAACUCACUGUCUUUUUCACACAUGGCACAUCAGCCUGAUGAGCUCAUGAUGUGUUAAGCGUCGUCAUGUAUUUACUACUUGUAUCUUGUGAUUACGAAGGACUAAAGGUGCAUAAUGUGAUUCUAAUCUACCAGGAGACUAAAUUGUUAAAAGUGUGUUACUCUUGUGUAUAUCGAGAAGCGUUGAGUUUUAACUUGAAUAUUGCUGUUUUUAUAAUAUGAACAUUUUCUUUUCCAUACGUUCUAUCCCUUUUUAAUAAAUAUAACUUUGGUUUUAAGUAGACGUGCUGAUAUUUCAGUUAAGGUUCAUCCUGUUCUUUAAACAUAUUGUGGUGAAAUAAAAGCAAGUUUAGUUAGUAUCUAUUUUAUAUAUAUGUAUAUAUAUUUGCUUUAUAUCCUUAUCAUUCUUUGAAUUGAAGCAUUUUCCUAAUAUUAUUUUUUCUUCCCAAUAUGUUGGUUUUCGAAUUUCAUUUUUUAUAUAGAAAUAUAGUCAUUUUGAUUUUAUUAAAUUAUCCCUUUUAAAUCUGUAGAAUUAUUGAGGAUAAUUAUUUAUAUCUUGUUAGUUCUGAUGCAAACAAUAUUUCUUUUUAUUGUCUUGGUUUUAUUUGAAGAUUGAGUUAUUUUUCACCUUUAGGGGCAGAAUAAUUUCUGCAGCAGCUUCUCUGUAAAAUUCAUAUCAUUUGAGCUUGGAUUGUUAAGUAUUUUAUUCUUUUAAGUUUCUAAAUAAAAACUUAUACUGUGUCUUGUGCUAAUGUUAGAAAUAUAGUCUAACGAUGGGUGGUAAUAAUGAUAGUAUCAAGUGGUUUAUAAUUCAUAUCCUUCAUUUAAAUAUAUGAUUUUUUGAGAAGUGGGACUAAAUAUACAGCUUGUUGGGCCAUUGAUUGGAAAUCUGUUUAUUGUGUGUAUGUCUUCAUAAGCCUCUCAUUUGGUUAAAGGAAGGCUAAAUUAUAAUCGAGAUAUUUUUAGGUAUGGUGAUUUGUAAGAAAAUAAUUUGUGAUAGCAACAUUCAAGAAUUAAAACUUCAUGCUUCAAGAUAUUCAAAAGAAUUGGUGCUCAAUAAAGUGUUCAUUAUCAUGAAUACAAGUCUAGUAACUUUCCUCCCCAAUCGAGGCACAUUUAGUAUAUGAUUGUUUUGAGUUACUUCCAAAGCAAUGCUUCAUUUUGUUAAAUUUUAAGUUACAGUUAAUUUUUAAAUAGUAUUAUUUUAUGCUUUAUCGUAUUUUAAAGUUUUAAUUCUACUUCAUAAAACAAAUUUUGAAUUCAUUUUUAUUUUUAUCUCCAGAAUUUAAAUAUUAUGUACAGCUGCUAUUGCUCGUUUACUGUUUUAAAAGGUUAAUUAUCACCCCAGCUGGUUUGGGGGAUUGUGACUUGUUAUAUAGCAGUUUUUGCAAGAUUAAAAUAUGCUCAAACAUUUCUUUCUUUGUAGAAGUUAGUGUGCCAAACUUGUUACUAUAUGGGUGGGGAACUGGUUAAUCUAAGUCUUCCUUUCAACAAUACUUAUUUGUGUGUGUCCAGUUGAACUACAUAAGCUCUCCAUGUAACUGUUCAAGUAUGGAGUAUUUCAUGAACAGUGGCUUGUUCAAAUAUAUAAAAUAUUUUCAUGACUGAAGAAACUAUUGUUGUGCAUCGUUUAACCAGUUAUGAUAUUAUUUAUCUCUUGCCAGGAGUGCUCAUUUUAUGAGCUUUUUUGCCUAAAAUAAAUGAUUCAUUUUUAUUUUUCAUUUAACUCUUAGUUUUCUUCAAAGAGAGUUUACAGCGUGUGUAUUUUAAUAUUUUUUGUUAAUGAAACAAAUUUUUGAAAUAUCUUUUCAAGGUUUUAAAAAAAUUGUAUUAUUUUCACUGUGCUGUAAAAUAGUUGCUUGAAUGAGCUGAGUUCUGUAUAAAAUUAAACUACUGUAAAGGCCUGUCAUUUAUUCUUUUACAGUUUUAUUUAUAGUGUAAUUUUUGAAUUUAAAUAAGUAAAAUGAUGCUUCAGCUUUAUGUGAAAUGACAUGAAUUUAAAUGAUCAUACCGUCCUCCAAAUUCUUUUAUUUUUAAUAUUUUAUCACAGCUCAAAUAAAAUUUCUUCCAUGAUUUUGUUGGUCUAUUGAAUUUUUUAGUUACUAAAAUUGUUAACUAGAUGGUAUUUGUUUAAAAUUGAAUUUAAUAUCAUUUUUAACAGCACUUAUUAUAUUGAACUUUAUUUUAUUGUUUCUGCUGCUCUCGGGUUAUGUAUUUAUAUAUUAAUCAGUGUUAAGUACAAAUUCAGAAUAUACUAAAUUAUAUUUUCUAGAAAAGUUCAUAUUUUUAAAUGCAAUACCUCAUUUAAUACAUUAUUGCUUUUAUUUAUAUUGGUGUUAUAGUUAGUUUUUGUAAAAGUGCAUUAUGGAAGAAAAACAGAAAAAUAUUUCUUAAUGAAUACAAGUAUGUUUCAAUUUUCUUAAAAUGCAUUGCUAAUGUUUCGAUGCUGUAUUUACUAUUAAGAAUGAUAUUGAUAAUCUGUUUUGGAAAUGGGGUAAGGGUGUCUUUUUUUCCUCCUUUCCACACUCUAUAAAUGUACCAUUUUGAAUUUCUGUAUGUGGAGGGGAGGAGGAAAAAAAGUCAGUUGCCUUUGUUAAUUAAAGAUCACUAAAUUUAAUGUAAAAUUACCAGUUUUUGAUUUAUGCAUACAUUAUUUUUCUUUGCCCCAUUAUCAAAAUAAAAAUAUAUAUAUAUUGUCUUUUUUAAAAUAUAAAUUUUUAAUGUACUGUCACUGUUUCAUGUAAUUAAGUUUACUAUGUUUUAAUCAUAUUAUUAGUCUCCUGGUAGUGCAGAUGGUUAUUAUUAUUUUUUUUUUUAUUGACACCCAAAUGAAUGUGUUUGAUUGAUAAACUCUGUUAACAAAUACCUCUUAGUGUUGUGCUGAAGUCCAGAAAUGUGCCUUUUGUUUCUAUACAAGAACUACAAGCUUCAGAUGAAGCAAUGUUCACAAGAGACUUUUUUAUAUCAUACAUAGCUUUCCUUUGAAAUAUACAAUUAAUGGAGGGUAAUUGUCAAUAUCAUUAAAAACUGAACAGACCUGUG